GAAAAUCCAGCGGCAUGGAGAGGGGCCGGGGAGCGCCCGGGGCUGGGAGGGCGGCGGCGGCGGCUCCGAGUCCUGCGCGAUUCGCUGCGCUUUGACACUAACCAGCCCCCCAGUGCCAUGUAAACUGCAACUCUUGGAAACUUCGGCUCCUCUCCAGGCUUCGGCGCAGGAGCCUCGGGACGCGUCCGCCCCCCCGCCGCCGAGCCGGGGAGCUGGGGGGGGUCUCCCCGCGGCUCGGGGAGGGAAGCUGCGUGUCCCCCUCCAACGACAUCGAAUGGGCUGAACCUGCCAGGCGUCCCGGGCUCCUUUCCCGGCCUCCUGCGGGGAGCGUACCGGACGGAGCCGGGCUCGGAGCCGGUCCAACUUGCAGGGGCGCGCGGUCCCCUCGCUGCCCGGGGCAGGAGCGCCAGGAAAGGGCCCCUUUGGGGAGCCAGGGGGCGCGCGGAGAGCUCCCCUCCCUCCGUCCCAGCCCGGGGCCCGGACUCGCCUGGAGCUCGGGCCAUGCGGGGCCGUCCCGUCCCGGGGCCCCCCUCCGUGCCGUGAGCGCGCCAUGGCCGGGCUGCAGCCGCCCGGCGAGGGGGACCUCUCCAUGCUCUCGCCGCCCCCGGUCCCCGGCGACCCCCGGCGGGUGGAGUUCGUCGCCCUGACCGAGGUGCAGACGGAGAGGAACGAGCCGCCCGCGGGCAGCCCCCGGCGCCUGGGGCUGUUGGGGACCCCGCUGCCAGCGCCGCCCGGCGGGGCAGCCGCCCGCUCCGCCGCGCACAAGCGUUACCGGCGCCUGCAGAACUGUCUGUACAACGUGCUGGAGAGACCCCGCGGCUGGGCGUUCAUCUACCACGCCUUCAUAUUCCUCCUAGUCUUCAGUUGCUUGGUGCUGUCCGUGUUCUCCACCAUCCCAGAGCAUCAGAAACUAGCCAACCAAUGUCUGUUCAUCCUGGAGUUCGUCAUGAUUGUGGUGUUCGGCAUGGAGUACAUCAUCCGCAUCUGGGCAGCUGGCUGCUGCUGCCGUUACCGGGGCUGGCAGGGGCGGUUCCGCUUUGCCAGGAAACCCUUCUGCAUAAUAGAUUUCAUCGUGUUCAUCGCCUCGCUGGCCGUUAUCGCCGCCGGCACGCAGGGGAAUAUCUUCGCUACCUCGGCACUGCGCAGCAUGCGCUUCCUGCAGAUCCUGCGGAUGGUGCGCAUGGACCGCAGGGGGGGCACCUGGAAGCUACUGGGCUCAGUGGUCUAUGCCCACAGCAAGGAGCUGAUCACAGCCUGGUACAUCGGCUUCCUGGUGCUCAUUUUCGCCUCCUUCCUCGUCUACCUGGCCGAGAAAGACGCCAACACGGAGUUCGCCACCUAUGCUGACUCGCUCUGGUGGGGCACAAUCACGCUCACCACCAUCGGCUACGGGGACAAGACCCCCAAUACGUGGCUGGGCAGGGUGCUGGCGGCCGGCUUCGCGCUCCUGGGCAUCUCCUUCUUCGCUCUGCCUGCCGGGAUUCUGGGCUCCGGCUUCGCCCUGAAAGUCCAGGAGCAGCAUCGCCAGAAACACUUUGAGAAGAGGCGGACGCCGGCAGCGAACCUGAUCCAGGCUGCCUGGCGCCUGUAUUCGACAGACGUGAGCCGAGCCUACCUGACCGCCACCUGGUGUUACUAUGACAGCAUUCUCCCAUCCUUCAGAGAGCUGGUCCUUAUGUUUGAGCAUUUGCACCGAGUCCGCAACGGAGGAGUUAGGAAUUCAGAGGUGAAAAGGUUUCCUGACGGAGCCCCACCGCCAUAUCACUCCUUCACCUCUGGCCAGAAAACCAUCGCCCCUGCUUUUUGCUCUGGGGAAAGCAACAAAAUGGGCAUCAAGGACCGCAUCCGCCUCAACAACUCGCAGAGGCAGGGCAGCCGGGGAAAGCAGCACCUGGCCCCGCCCAUGCGCCGCUCCCCCAGCACUGAGAACGUGCAGGAGGCCUCCAGCCCCACCAAGGUGCAGAAGAGCUGGAGUUUCAACGACCGCACCAGGUUCCGGGCGUCGCUGAGGCUCAAACCUCGGCCACCGGUGGAGGUUGACGGCCUGGUGGAGGAGAGCACUGAGGAGAAGGGCUAUCAGUGCGACCUGACCUUCGAGGACAUCAUGCCAGCUGUGAAAACGCUCAUUCGGGCUGUCAGGAUCCUGAAGUUCCUAGUUGCGAAGAGGAAGUUCAAGGAGACCCUGCGGCCCUACGAUGUCAAGGACGUCAUCGAGCAGUACUCAGCCGGCCACCUCGACAUGCUGGGCCGCAUCAAGAGCCUCCAGUCACGCGUGGACCAGAUCGUGGGAAGAGGAGCCAUCACUGUCGAUAAGAAGACCCGGGAGAAGGGAGAAAAAUCCCUGGAGGCUGACCUGGUGGACGAGCUCAGCAUGAUGGGCCGAGUGGUCAAAGUGGAGAAACAAGUGCAAUCCAUAGAGCACAAGCUGGACUUGUUACUGGGCUUCUAUUCCCAGUGCCUGCGGAAAGGCUCCACAAACUCCUUUGCCCUGGCCGGCAUGCAGAUCUCCAGCUUUGACCCGGACAUCACCUCCGACUACCACAGCCCCGUAGAGCACGAGGACAUCUCAGUGUCCGCGCAGACCUUAAACAUCUCCAGGUCGGCCAGCACCAACAUGGACUGAGAGGGGUUCCCAGCACAGGUGGGGCGGUCCCGGGGGAGAGCUGGGGGGACCGGUCGUGAGCCUGGUGGUGAACGUUCUUGUAGACAGACACACUGAUAGCUAGCAGGCAAGAAGACCGACCCGUGAACCCAGCCAGCUUCUGGGCUGGGGACCACGCGGCCUCGUCUAACACGUCCUGAUGCACUAUGAGCCUCACCUUGAUUUUACUUGAACAAGUCUUCCUUCUGACCGUGCACAAGCAGGAACUAUUAAGCAACUAGUCUUCAGCACCUGGGAGCCAGCUGGGGCCGGGACCCCGGGGGAUGCAGCGGUGUGAGAGUUUCUUAAAGCGUUAAACCUACAAAGCCGACGAGAGAAACGCCUGGUAUCUAAGAAGCUCUUUUAUUUAUAGGAUCAGCCUCUCUAGACUUUGUCCUCUGCAGGCAGUCUUCUCUGCGGAGGAAAUCCCCCUCUCCGGGCACAUCCCUGGUUGGGGUGGCGCUGCCCCCGGGCAGCGGGAGGGCGAGUUGGCCAGGGAUGCAACGGGCCAGCACGCCUUGUCACUCGGUCUUUCUUCUGGGCGCCUCUCCGGGAACCGUCCUCGGAAUGAGCGUUGACACAGGGUAUGGAAUGACGGAGAGCCUCUGAAUUCCAAGGUUGGCGGUUCUGAUCUCUUCACCCUGCGGCUCUACGCCAUUGCCCCUCCAGGGAGGCAGAGCAGGGUUCUUACUAACAGCUAUGCAAGGCUAGAUAACCCUUUACUGUCCAGUGCUAGACAAGGGGCACUGUGACUCGACUGAAUGUGGUUUCUUCCGGACCUAGGAAAGAGUUGGGGAAUGCCCGGGGGGUGUUUCCUGUCUCCCAGCGAGCAGGGGGCUCCGAUUCCGGCAGCCGUGACUGUGAUUCUGUAGGCACAGCGGAACCGUCUGCACGGCAGCGUUUCAAUAUGCAACCUUCGAUCCCGACGGGCGGGGCGGAUGAGUGGCCCGUCGGCCUAGGCAAUAGCUGUUUAUCCCAUGCCCCUGGAACCAGAUCCGGGGCUGCUCGAGUCAGUGGGGUUUCACGGGGC